GCAGGAGUGAUCUCACCUCCUCUCCACCCCUUCCAUCUUUUCUUUCUCUCUCCUAAAAAAGCAGCAGCUCCGCGCGCAGCACAGCCUGGCACACGGCGAACACUGCUCCAGACGCACAGACGCGCACAGACCCGCUUCGCUCGAGAGGGGUUUGGAUUCAAGUUCACCGUGGAUUUCCCCGUGUACCCCAAAGGACCGCUGCGGACACCAGGCACCGACCGAAGCGCGCCACAAGUCGACGUGUUCGUCAUGGAAGAGCUGACGGCGUUCGUGUCCAAAUCGUUCGAUCAGAAAAGCAAAGAGAGCACCAAAGAGAGCAUCACGUACAGGGAAGUUUUGGAGAGCGGCUUGACGCGGGCGCGGGAGCUGGGCAGCCCGGACAGCAACCUGCAGGACAUAACGGACACCAACCACUGCCCCGUGCAUCUGUUCAAGGACCACGUAGAGCUGGAGAAAGACAAACUCAAGGACUUUAAUGUUUCCAGGGCGACAGAGGGGAUAUACGAGUGUAAGGACAAAAAGGAGGACGUAAAGUCAGAGGACGAGGACGCACAGGGCAAACUGAAGCAGCGCAGGAGCCGAACAAACUUCACUUUGGAGCAGCUCAACGAGCUAGAGCGGCUGUUCGAUGAGACGCACUAUCCGGACGCGUUCAUGCGGGAGGAGCUGAGCCAGAGGCUGGGACUGUCCGAGGCCAGGGUCCAGGUUUGGUUUCAGAACAGAAGAGCCAAGUGUCGAAAACAAGAGAAUCAGAUGCACAAAGGCGUUAUUUUGGGCAGUGGCAGUCACCUAGACGCCUGCAGGGUGGCACCUUAUGUCAAUAUGGGUGCCCUUCGGAUGCCCUUCCAACAGGUCCAGGCGCAGCUGCAGUUGGACGGAGUCACACACUCACACCCCCACCUGCACCCUCACCUGGCAGCACACGCCCCCUACUUGAUGUUCCCGCCCCCUCCCUUCGGACUACCAAUCGCCUCCCUCGCUGACUCGGCCUCUGCGGCGGCGGCGGUGGCGGCGGCGGCUAAAAGCAACAGCAAAAACUCCAGUAUCGCCGACCUGCGACUCAAGGCAGGACUUCUGCGGGGCCAGUGGCUCAGUCCACUCCAGGCACAGCUCACAUCCCCAGGACCGUACAAACACAUGUGGAUGUCUGUCUGAGGCCGGCCCACCUGAAGAACUAAAGCUAACCGGGCCGCCAUAUUGACAGUGCAGAGGGGUAUGGGGCAAACAGGUCACACCUCCACUUCUCCGAGACACCCCGACUCACUAAAUACAAAAACGAAAAUUGUGUUGAAAAGGCCAUAUCUGUCUCCAACCACUGUGCUCCCUGCUGCUGCUGAGUGCAUGAGCGCUAACGGAGGAGCGCUAACGGAGGAGCGCUAACGGAGAGGCGCUAACGGAGCAGCGCUGGGACUGCCCUGCGUCCCGCCCUGCGUACCCCCCUCCCCCUGCGUACCCCCCCUGCGUCCCGCCCUGCGUCCCUCCCGACAUAAAGCUGUUUUAAACACUGCCAUCGCUCUCCACUCUGCUAAAGCUACAAAGUGAAUGCUCUCACUAUGGUUUGUUUUUCCUCCUGCUGGACUAAAAAAAGCAACUUGUUUUGUUGUGUGCGGCAGAGGGAGAGACAGGACUCCUCCUCUGUUAAUUGUGUUGUGUCCUGGGUAAAGAAGUGACGCUCGCCUUUGCACUUCGGCUCCAGUGUGUGGCUGUUGUUUACCAAUGGCACCACAUGCAGAUACUACUUUACUAAUUGAAGGGGGGCGGGGUUUGAUAUUGUCAUGUGAUCCUCAAAAGGACAUUAACUUGGAUAAAGGGUUUAAAUACAUGUUUUCUUUUUCUAAUUCUGAGGAAUGCAUCAGUCAAACUGAAAUGCAGUGGUGUGCAGUUUUAAGUGCAAUACUGUAAAUAGCAAAAAGUAAAAACAAAGCAGUUAAUCCUCGAUAACAGGAACCCAGUGACGAUGGUUAUUUUCCUGCCAAACACACCCAGUGCAAAUGAAGCUGUAAAACGCACUAAACCAGGUGCCAAGCCUCUUUUGGAUCAGAUCUCUGAACAUCAGGUACGUUUUGUUGCUUGUUGAGGAAGACCUGAGCACACUUUCGGAUGCUGCAGAUAUUUAGGCUAUGUGAAACAUUUUUAGAAACACAAUUAGCACUGUAACCCAAGCCAGACCCUGUUUACAAUAUGAUCUUGCAUGUUAUAUGUCACAUGUCACUCUUGAUUUUGAAUAAUCAGAGCGUUUUUACUAAACCGUUCCAAACCAGAUCAGCUCUAUUAGACAAAGAUUCGCCUCUGCUGUCCGAGCCGCGCUGACCUGUGGACAAACUGCAGAUUUCAAACUGUCCCAAACGACUUCCUCCAUUUACGAUUGUUUACGUCUCCAUUUAAAUUAAACAUAUUGGUGUUUUAUUUAUUGAUUUGAAAGUUUAUGAUGAAAUGGUUGAAAUACAAGUGUACAUUUUCUCAUGGCGUUGGUUUAUUUUUGUAUGUUUUUUUAAGUGAUGAUGUUAGGGGGCGUGGCUGUAGUGUCGGCCUGUGAUGUAGUGUGUCCACGUUUACAGACAUUUCAGGGAUGGAGUUCGUUUUUACCCAUAACAAAGUAACGACCAUUUCACCUGCACGCAUGCUUAAACAUCAACCAUUGUAUCUUUGUUUCCCCCUUUUGAUUCACAAAAUAUGAAUGUACAUCUUGUACAAGUAAACUAUCAAUAAAGUUAUAAAUAUUUGU